AUGGUCGGUAGACUACGACAUCAAAGACUCCAAUGUGGUCGAGGCCGCAGGAUCGACUAUAGAGGACCUCGACCCCGUUCAACUAGAUGUCAACGAUCUCAGCAAGAAAUCUUACAUCGGCUGCAAACUCCAAGAGCCAGAUAUGCCAGAGACUUGAAGUACCCCCAAUGGGUCACCAACGUGGUCAUGGUAAAAAAGAAAAAUGUCAAGUGCCGAAUGUGCGUGGAUUUCACCGACCUGAACAAAGCUUUCCCCAAGGAUUCAUUUCCACUACCUCAUAUCGACCAACUUAUCGAUGCAGCAGCCGGACAUGAGUUCUUGAGUUUCCUGGAUGCCUACUCGGGCUACAACCAGAUCCUUAUGGAGGAAGCGGACCAGGAAAAGACCACCUUCAUCACCCGCCAAGGGACAUACUACUACAGGGUCAUGCCUUUUGGACUGAAAAAUGCGGGGAAACAUACUAGAGACUGGUGA